UUGGUUGCCAUUGCGCUGCAACCACAGUUAAAGGCACCAAGACGGCACCGCCAACGGCAAACACAAGGACAACGCCCCGCAUCAGGCAACGGCUUCAGCGUAUUGCGCGGCAGGACAAUGCGGAUAUGUGGUCCAAUCUGCUGUUGCCAUUGCUGCUCCUUCAUUUCGUCUAUCUGCAUGCCACGCUGGCUAUGGCUACGGCUAGCGGUGGCCUAACUGUCAUUGAGGGCGCCAGCACCACCAGCAGCAGCAGCAGCGGCAGUAGCAGCAGCAGCAGCAGCGGCAGCGGCAGCGGCAGCACCACUGCCACCAACGGCAGCAGCCACAGUCGCACCAGCACAACCACCGGCGCCGUCAAUAUGGCCCUGUCCACAGCAGCCGUUGCACCCGCUUCCAGUCAGCGGAAGCGGCAUCGCAAGCGGAACAGCAGCUGGUACGACUAUCGCAACUACAACGAGAAUACCACGGCGCCCGAGUGGAUCAAUCCCUGCGGCGGCUCCUACUAUACACCCUCAGCCACAGAGCGCCGACGCGCCCAGAGACCCAAGCAGAUUUUCAAUCAGCUGAAGCGCGCCGCCCGCACGGAGUACCACGAGCUGAACAGCACCGAGGAUCACUCCGGCAUCGAUAUUAGAGACAUGCACGUGUGGUCGCUGCACAAAUACAAUUACAAAUUUCUGCCCAAGCUGAAGCCCAACUCAACGAUCGCCCUGAAGCGCUGGUACCGCAACAUGCAGACCUAUGUGGCAAGCUUUGCCUACUUGCGACGCGUCCAAAUCAACUGGGAUCGGCAGUACUUGAAGCGGGAGUCGAACGUUGCCAAGGAGCUGAAGAAGCUGUUGCUUAGCUCGCGCAGCAUGUUGUGCGAGCUGGAGACCGCUGUGAAUCGCACGUAUCCGGCGCUGGCUCCGGGCCGAGCGGCCGCCAAGCAGCGCCGCCAGAAGCAUGUCUCACGCAACGACAUGAACAAGCGGCUCAAGUUGCGCAGCAAAAGUCGGCCCGGCGCUCUGGCGCUGGCAGCGGCAACGACCACCGAAACGGCAGCGGCCGCAGCGGCAGCAACGGCAUCGGCCAUCGGCGAGGCCGACUCCAUGGACAUGCGCUUCGUGAAGCAUCAUUAUUAUGAAUUUCUGCGCACCAUGUGGCAGCUGAUGCGACGCCACAGCAGGCGGGAGCGGCAGCAGCAGUCGCCGUUGGAGCAGCGCCAACGCCAGCAGCAGCAGCAGCAGCAGCAGCAGCAACAACAGUUGCAGCACCAUCAGCGGCAGAGGCAGCGCCAGUGGCAUCAAAUGCAGCAGCAGCAACAGCCGCAGUUAUCGCCGGCCAUCGCUGGCAAUCGCAGGGAGUUCAACGAGGUGUCCAAGCCCAUAAUCGAUGUGGUUAGAGGUGUAAGGGGGCGGCGCGGCAAGCGGCAGCAGCCGCACUCAGCGUCUGCGACAGCAACAGCAACAGCAUCCUGCGGAGAUGGCUUUGAUUCUGUGAAAGAGGAAACUGCUGAGGGCGCAUAUAAGUUGAGAGAUUUCUUCACCUAUUCCCAUGGUGUCAAGAGCUGA